GUUGUUGUUUUCAUUAUUGUCACCUUCAUGGAGUUCUUACUUCUUAUUUCUUGAAACUUUUCCCUAAUAUGUUACCUUCUACCUUUCAAGACAAAAUGAAAGAACGGGAAACAUUGAAAACGAGGUUAAAUGCAAUAUUAGAUUAUUCAAAGUUUCUUCAAGAUACUGUUAAAGAGAUGGCUAAAGAGGUCCAAAAUAUUCGAAGUGGAGAAAUCAAGAAAAUAGUAAUAGAAGAUCUUGAUGAGUUUUUAAGCAAGUUAUUCGCUCUAGAAAAAAAAAACGCCCCUUUAGUAAUUCCCAUUGGGAAAAUGAUUUUCCUUGACCUUUUUGCUGAAGUCAAACCUAUAUUAACUACUUUUGAUCAGUUCUAUGGUGCCCCUUAUAUAUGGUGCAUGCUGCAUAAUAUUAUAGGAAAUGUUGAGAUGUAUAGUGUUCUAGAUUCUCUAGGAUCUGGACCUGUUGAUGGUCGUAUUAGCAACAACUCAACAAUGAUUGGUGUUGGAAUGUCAAUGGAAGGUAUCGAGCAAUCCUGUAGUUUAUGA